AUGCCUAUUAACAUUCAAAACCUUGAUGAUUUUAAAAAUAAAUUGGAAAAGGCUGGUGAUCAACUUGUUGUAGUAGAUUUUUGGGCAGAUUGGUGCGGCCCUUGUAAAAUUAUAGCACCCAAGUUUGAGGAAUUCUCAAAGGAAUUCGGUGAAGUCAUUUUUCUUAAAGUAAACACUGACGAACAAGAAGAAAUUUCAGCAGAACAAAAAAUCACAUCCCUUCCUACUUUUAGAUUUUUCAAAUCUGGAAAGCCCAUCAUAGGUGGUGAUGUAAUUGGUGCAAGUCCAGAAAAUUUGAGAGAAAAACUUCUGAAAUAUUCAAGUGUAGAGUUGCCUGCUGCAAAGUCGCAACUUUGCAUAUUUUUCGGCUUAUUUGCGACCUUUAAGACACCCUUUUUGCUGCAAAAAAAAUGUAAGAUCGCAGAGUCGCAAGAUCGAAAGUCUAUGUAA